UAUUAGGGGAAAAAAUGAAACUAAAAUUGCUGGGUCACUUCCUUUUUCAACUGUCCUGGGGCUCCCCGCAAUAUUCAGGGUCCCCAUGGACACAGGGAAUUCUAAGCAAUUGUGACGAAACUGGUUAAAAGUUCAGCCUGGGAAACACAGCUUGAAGGUAGUUGGAGUGAAGAGGUGGUCUGUGUGAAUUUUAAUUUUUGCGAUUCAUUAGAGUUUUGUGAUGAAAGGAAACAGUUUGCUGCUUGCUUCAAGGGUAAGUUCAUUUGCAUUUCUGUGCAAGGAAGUAGUAAUGAGUCACCAAGCCUUAGAUUUCACCCCUUCUUGAUUUCUUGCUGACUUAACUUUAAUUGAAUGGACGAGUGAUCACAAAUGAAUUACCUUGAAAAUAAAUGCCAUUUAGGAAGGAUGAGUAGAAGAUGGUACUGAAGGAAUGGAGAUGGACUACAAGACUCAUCCUGUAAAAUGUAUCUGUACCAUGAAACUACUGGAUUUGACAGUACAUAAGUUAUUCCAUAGUGUAAGGGAGAUGCUUACAAUCAUUCAAGAUGAUAAACUUUCCUUUAACAUCCCAUCUAGUCAAUCUAGUUUCCUUUGGAAUAUCACAGUUACAAAGAACCUCACAGGUGAACUAAUUAGAUGGAAUCUUUAGGUAAAAGACCCUGGAUGAGAAUGAACAGAAAAAAAUGGACUGUUUUCCAUUUUCCCAUCCAUCUCUCUGGAUAUUCAGUUUCCUCAAUUAGAAAAUAAAUUUAAAAGCAAUUAUAUAUGUGUAUGUAUAUAGACUUCCAUAAAAUGUACAUGAUUACUGGGAAACCUUUAUUGAAAUUCUUUCAAAAAACAGUUGCAUGGUAGCAACAAAAACUGUUUUAUACUUGUUUAGUCGCUAAGUUGUGCCCUAUUCUUCUGUGACCCCAUGGCCUGUAGCCCACCAGGCUCCUCUGUCCAUGGGAUUUCCCAGGGAAGAAUACUGGAGUGGGUUGCCAUUCCCUUCUACAGGGGAUCUUCCUGACCCAGGGAUUGAAUCUGUGUCUCCUGCGUUGGUAGGCGGAUUCUUGACCACUGAGCCACCAGGGAAGCCCAUAUUAUACUUUUUCUAGUCGGAUUUACCUAGAAUGCUUAUAUUUUUGGGGCAAGUAUUUUUAUAAAAGACCUAUAUUUGUUGAUCACCCAGAAGCUGUUCCUAAGAAACAAGCUUUUUUUUUUUUUUUUAACCCAGGAAGUUUUGUGUUUUAAGAAAUGUAUUUUACUAUUUUCCGAACAAAAGAGAUCACUGAGAAUUUUCCACUAUGAAAUGCAUGCUCACAAAUUUAAUAAUUACUCAUGCUUAAAAUACAUUUAAUACCUGACUAAUAAUGGGUAAAAUGUGAGUGCAUUUUUGCCUUUAUUGCCAGUAAAGUCUUCUGAGAAGUGAGCCAUAGAUAUUUGUAAUUCAUGGAGUCUAAGGUCUGAAUUAAAACAAUCCAGCAUAAGUCUGGUUAAUGCAUGGUCCUUUCAAAAAAAAUGACAAGAAAUAUUUAAGAACCUCCUAUCUCUGUCUCAGUUCCCUAGUUUACUGAAGAUUCACUCUAAGUAGCUGAAAUGCUUUCCCUGAGAGGAUUUAUUUGAAUUGGUCCUUCACAUGCAAAGGAUACUGUAGGAGAUAACUCCCCACAUGUUGUUAAAAGCAUCCUGAUUUUGCUGGCAGGAAUAUGAACAUCUGUUGUGAGGAAAGAAAAAGUUUCAUGCAAAUUACACAGUCAAAGAAGAGAAGGGAUGUUCAAGUUGAGAAACCAGUGACAUUUCUUGUAACUGUGCUAUGAGUCAGCACGUUUUUAAUCUUCUUGAUAAUAUAUGGAAAUAGAGUGAGGGUGAUAGGCAGCAGUGUUCAUCUGACGUAUCAUUAUUUUAUUUUCUUGUGGGUAUGUGUGUGUGUGUGUGUGUGUGUGUGUGACUUCAUGGCAUCGACAUUUCUGUUUUUAAAUGAGGAUACAGUAAAUUGUAGUCUAUGGAAGGCUGACUGGAAUCAACAUACCCGUAGCUUUAGAAAGCAGUUUCCGCCCAGCGAAGAGUGCAAGAGCGAUGGAACCCCGUGUUCCUGGAAGUUUGCACAUCAGAGUAAACAAACUUGAAAACCCCUCUUGAUAGCAGAAUUCACCCAGCCUUGUUCCAUUUUCUCUUAACAAAACACACCGCAAAAGCUCUCACAAGCUGCUUUGAUGAAGCCACAUGUAUUUCCCCCUUCACAAUUUACAGGAAGUUACUCUUAAAAGAAAGUGAUUCUGGUGUUUACUGCCUGUGUUAAAGGGACAGAGUUCCUUUUUGUCUCUGAUAACGUUUGAGCGAAAUACAGAAACAAUUUAGAGAUUAACACAGUCAGUAUGUGACUAAGAACAAAGCAAUGACCUGCUGUCCGGUUAGAGCAAAACUUCUGCUGUGAAUCAUGGCCUAUGACUUGGAGCCUCCAAGUUGCAGAAAACCAGAUCUAUUCCAGAGGGGAGCUUCACCACUUCAUUGAUGGCUUUAAUGAGGAGAAGAGCAACUGGCUGCGCUACGUGAACCCAGCAUACUCUCCCUGGGAGCAGAACCUGGCCGCCUGUCAGAACGGCAUGAACAUCUACUUCUACACCAUUAAGCCCAUCCCUGCCAACCAGGAGCUUCUUGUGUGGUACUGCAGGGACUUUGCAGAAAGGCUUCACUCCCCUUAUCCCGGAGAGCUGACAAUGAUGAAUCUCACACAAACCCAGAGCCGUCCAAAGCAGCUGAGCACUGAGAAAUACGAACUGUGCCCAAAGAGUGUCCCGAAGAGAGAGUAUAGCGUGAAAGAGAUCCUCAAAUUGGACUCCCACCCUUCCAAAGGGAAGGACAUGUACCGCGCCAACAUUUCACCCCUCACUUCAGAGAAGGACGCGGAUGACUUCAGGAAAAACGGGAGCCCGGAGAUGCCCUUCUACCCGCGCGUGGUAUACCCGAUUCGGGCCCCGCUCCCGGAAGACUUUCUGAAAGCACCCCUGGGAUGCUACGGGGUGGAGCGGCCGCCCUACAUCACUCACUCCCCGAUCCCGUCCUCCACGACCCCCAGCCCCUCGGCGCGCAGCAGCCCGGACCGGAGCCUGCAGAGCUGCAGCCCUCACAGCAGCCCCGGGAACACGGUGUCGCCGCUGGCCCCCGGCCCCCGGGAGGCCCGCGACUCCUACGCCUACUUGAACGCCUCCUACGGGGCCGCCGCCGAAGGGCUGGGCUCCCUGGCCGGCUACGGGCCGCCCACCCACCUGCCGCCCGCCUUCACCCCCUCCUACAACGCACACUACCCCAAGUUCCUGCUGCCCGCUUACGGCAUGAGCUGCAACGGCCUGGGCGCCGCCGUGGGCAACAUCAACGGCCUCGGCAGCCUCGGCCUCUUCCCGAGGCUGUACCCGGUGUACGGCGGCCUCUUGGGCGGGGGCGGCCUGCCUCCGCCGAUGCUGGCGCCCGCCUCGCUCCCCAGCUCGCUGCCCUCGGAGGGCGCGCGCCGCCUGCUGCAGCCCGAGCACCCCCGGGAGGUGCUGGUGCCCGCGCCGCACAGCGCCUUCUCCCUCCCCGGGGCGGCCGCCAGCCUGAAGGACAAGGCCGGCACCCCCGCCAGCGGCUCCCCGACGGCCGGGACCGCCGCCACGGCCGAGCACGUGGUGCAGCCCAAAGCUACCUCAGCGGCCGCUGCGGCCCCCGGAGGCGAGGAGGCGGUGAAUCUCAUCAAGAACAAAAGGAGCAUGACUGGCUACAAGACGCUCCCCUACCCGCUGAAGAAGCAGAACGGCAAGAUCAAGUAUGAGUGCAACGUCUGCGCCAAGACUUUCGGGCAGCUCUCAAAUCUGAAGGUCCACCUCAGAGUGCACAGUGGAGAACGACCUUUCAAAUGCCAGACGUGCAACAAGGGCUUCACUCAGCUCGCCCACCUGCAGAAACACUACCUGGUACACACAGGAGAGAAGCCGCAUGAAUGCCAGGUCUGCCACAAGCGAUUUAGCAGCACCAGCAAUCUCAAGACCCACCUGCGACUCCACUCGGGAGAGAAACCUUACCAGUGCAAGGUGUGUCCCGCCAAGUUCACCCAGUUUGUGCACCUGAAACUCCACAAGCGCCUACACACCCGGGAGCGGCCCCACAAGUGCGCCCACUGCCACAAGAGCUACAUCCAUCUCUGCAGCCUCAAGAUCCACCUGAAGGGCCACUGUCCCGUGGCCCCGGCCGCCGGGCUGCCCCUGGAGGACCUGACCAGAAUCAACGAAGAAAUUGAGAAGUUUGACAUCAGCGACAACGCCGACCGGCUGGAGGACAUGGAGGACAACAUCGAUAUGACCUCUGUGGUGGAAAAGGAGAUUCUGGCCGUGGUCAGAAAAGAGAAGGAAGAAACUGGCCUGAAAGUGUCUUUGCAAAGAAACAUGGGAAAUGGACUGCUCUCAGGGUGUAGCCUCUAUGAGUCAACAGAGCCGUCCCUCCUGAAGUUGCCUCACAGCAACCCACUACCUCUGGGACCUGUAAAGGUCAAACAAGAAACAGUUGAACCUAUGGAUCCUUAAGAUUUUCAGAAAACAAAAGGUGUUUUGUUUCUUAACUUAUGACUUGGCGUGUCAGGGUGCCUGUCGCAAGCGCUUGUACAUAAUUCCAGUUCUGCAGAGCUCUCCCUGACGGCAGGUGGUUUCUCUCACCUCUCUGGAAUUAAAGAAGGAACCCCAAAGUUACUGAAAUCUCAGGGCAUAAAUGAGGCAAAGACAAUAUAUAUACCUAUUAUAUAUACUUAUUUACACCCCAUCUAUAUAUUUGAACCUGUUGUAUUUUGAAUAUUUGUGUGAAUAUGUUUGCAUAGCCUCCCCAUUGCUAAGACUAUUGCCUAGCCAUAAUUAUUUUUUCAAUGAUAAUCCUUCAUAAUUUAUUAUACAGUUUAUCAUUCAAAAAGCAAUAAUUAAAAAAGUUUACAAUGACUGGAAGAAUUCCUUGUAAUUUGAGUUAAGUGUUAUAUUUUUGUCUGGUGGCCAUUCUUUGUAGAUAAUUUCUGCACAUCUGUUUUAAGUACCUAAGAUUUAGUAAACAGAUACAUUACUUCAGUCAACCUCCCUCUAUAAUAAUGGUUUGAAAGUGAGGUUUGAGUAUUGCCAAAGUUAGGCAGUUGAUGUGUUCGUUCAUAGGAGUAUAUUAUUUGAACAGCCUUGUAUCAUUUGAACAUAAUUUGGGGGUAUGUUUGCAGAAUUACCCAGUAAUAGGUAGAAGAAAUAAAAGUCUUGUAUGUUUCUGUAGAGAGUUCAGCAUUCCUGCCCCCAAUCACAGAUUUCCCAGAAAGGUGAUAAGAAGGCUUUGCCAAUCUGUCUCCCUCUUCAAAAAACAGGGUCGUCCCACCCCCAAAGUCAUGUGACCAUUUGCAGUGGCCAUGAGACUUUAGCAUCCCAAUGUAUUAUCUGAAAAUGUGAAGAAGACAAAAUGCCAUGUUUAAAACCACUGCAAAAUGUUUCCAAAGCACAGGUGGUUUUGUGUGGGUGAGGUCUGGGGGCAUGAGUCCAGGUGUUUUUGUUGUUGGUCUUUUUUGUUAUUAUGUCAAAAUUGCACAAGCAUGGUGCUCUACCAGGAAGGAUUCGAGUUAGACAGGCUCAGGCCACACUUUAAAAACCAAAAACCGGAAAACGGGUAUUCUCGUUGUCUUAGGGUCAAAGCGGGUAAUGAACAUUCCUGUCCCCAACACAUCAGUUGUAUUUGUUCCGUCUGUGCAACUCAGACUUUCCUCAGUAUUUGUGUUUUUACAUUUUAUGGUUAAUUUAAUUGAAGAAGAAAGGGCAUUGCAAAGUUGUUCAACAACAAUUACCUCAUUGAGUGUGUCCAGUAAUGCAGGAAGUGAUAACAUCUCUAAUGAUUUGCUACUCGAGAGGAGAGAGCACGCGUGCGCCAGAAAGAUGGAAUGCGUCCCCUUCUGCCUCGUCCUCUGCUAAGCCCAAAGAUGACACGUUGGCAUUCAAGGUGUAGCGGACAAUGAUGUAUAUUUAUGAGUCUAUUUAUACCACUAUACCAAUGUAUAUAUAAUAUAUUUAUAACCACUUAAAAUUGUGAGCCAAAACAUGUAAAAGAUCCUUCUCUUCCUAAUGGCAAAAAAAAAAAAUCAAACCCUUUUUGACUCUUUGCUUAAUUAGCACUCAAUGACCUCACAAUUACAUUGGUGAGCUUGGGCACCCCCUAGGUAUUGUAAGAGAUCCUAAAAUCUUUGUGCAAAGGUGGGGACCGCAUAACAACCAGGGAGAGAGAAGACAUACUUUUUUAACUAUUAAGGAAAAUCUAAGAUGGCUUUUUUUUUUUUGGUCACAUUUUGAUGUGGUCACACCCAAGUCCCAGAAAUAGAAAUCUCAUCAACCACUGUAACUUUUCUCUCUCUUCCUCUCCUUCCUUCUUAAAUAACUGAUGGAUCACUAAUCAAUCUGGUUUAUAUAUUCAGCAUUUUGGUCUGUGGCAACUAAUGUCAGCCUACAGAAGAGAACAAAGAAUUUAGGAUAAUCCAGGGAAACCUAAGAGCCUUACUGAUCUAUUCCUUUAAAUAAUGAAACUGACAGUUGAGUAUGAUAUUUUUUUUAACAGUGUUUGACCAACACAGUCCUUGAUUAUAGGUAAACCAAAGCAUCACACUCUGACAUUGACAUCAAAUACUUUCUAUUCCCCAUCACUCAUUUGUUCUCUUUUUGCCCUCUUGCUUUCUCAUUAGUGGAAAUUUUUACUGAGACCUGCACAGUGGCUUGAGACUUCGUAAUUCUCUGUACCAUCUGACUUUCUCUCUGAGGCCUCUUACAUGUGAAUGUUGAGCCCACAAUCAACAGUGGUUUUUUUUUUUUCUUUCUUCUACUCCAAGUUAAAACUGACCAAAGUUACUGGCUUUUUACUUUGCUAGAAAAAACUAUCUUAUGUUUACGUACUGGUUUACAUUGUUAUUUAUGUGCAAAUUGUCAAAAUGUAAAUUAAAUAUAAAUGUUCAUGCUUUA